GCAGCUCAUUAGCCGCGCUGCCCUUCGUCCGCUGCCAAGGAGAGGGAGAGCGGCGGGGAACGCUCGCCGGCUGAGAGGCGGGAGCGGGGCCGCAGGGAGCAGCCGCUGCUCAGCUGGUUCCGCCCCCUUCGUGGUUCUGGGCCUCAGGCCCCUGCCUGGCGGCCACUGCCGAACCGGGAGACAGACGCGGUCUCGGCGGGUGAGGACAGGCGAGGCGGGAGCCGGGGUCCCGGCCGGCGGGGCGGCACGGACCCCGCCGCCGUUGCUGCUGCCGGGGAGACGGGGGGCCCGGGCCGCUCUGGAUGGUGGUUAAAAUGAUCAUAGAAAACUUCGAGGCGCUGAAAUCCUGGCUCAGCAAGACCUUGGAGCCCAUAUGUGAUGCAGAUCCGUCUGCCCUAGCUAAAUAUGUUCUGGCUUUGGUAAAGAAGGAUAAAAGUGAAAAGGAACUGAAGGCAUUGUGUGUUGAUCAGCUGGAUGUAUUUCUUCAGAAAGAAACUCAGAUAUUUGUGGAAAAACUGUUUGAUGCUGUGAAUACAAAAAGCUAUCUACCUCCACCAGAACAGCCGUCGUCAGGAAGUCUGAAAGUAGAAUUUUUUCAGCACCAGGAAAAAGAGACAAAAAAGGAAGAGAUCGUUAAAGAGGAAGAGCGAGAGAAAAAGUUCUCUAGAAGAUUAAAUCACAGCCCUCCUCAGUCAAGUUCUCGCUACAGAGAUACCAGGAGCCGUGAUGAAAGGAAAAAAGAUGAACGUUCUCGGAAGAGAGAUUACGACCGAAAUCCUCCCAGAAGAGAUUCCUAUAGGGAUCGAUAUAACAGAAGAAGAGGGAGGAGUCGGAGCUACAGCAGGAGUCGAAGUAGAAGUUGGAGCAAAGAGAGAUUGCGGGACCGAGAUCGAGACCGGAGCAGAAGCCGGAGCAGAACACGAAGCAGAGGUACCAACAGUUGGUCUCUAAGACACGAAAGGGAUUUGGGAAAGCCAAAAUAUGAUAUGGAUAGAACAGAUCCAUUAGAGAACAAUUAUACUCCGGUUUCUUCUGUGACAAAUAUUUCAUCUGGCCACUACCCUGUCCCUACACUGAGCAGCACAAUUACUGUUAUUGCUCCUGCUCAUCAUGGAAAUAACACUACUGAAAGCUGGUCAGAGUUCCAUGAAGAGCAGCUGGACCACAACUCCUAUGGAAGACCUCCGCUGCCAAAGAAACGCUGUCGAGAUUAUGAUGAAAAGGGUUUCUGUAUGAGAGGAGACAUGUGCCCCUUUGAUCAUGGAAGCGAUCCAGUAGUGGUAGAAGAUGUAAAUCUUCCUGGCAUUCUGCCUUUUCCAGCACAACCCCCUGUUGUCGAAGGACCACCUCCUCCUGGACUUCCUCCCCCUCCACCAAUUCUGAGUCCUCCUCCUGUUAACCUUAGACCUCCAGUACCACCACCAGGCCCCCUGCCACCUAGCCUUCCACCUGUAACAGGACCACCCCCUCCACUUCCCCCAUUGCAGCCUGCUGGCAUGGAUGCCCCCCCAAAUUCAGCAACUAGCUCAGUUCCUACCGUUGUUACAACGGGUAUUCAUCACCAGCCGCCUCCUGCUCCACCCUCUCUUUUUACAGCAGGUGUAGUACUGAGGCUUUGCCCACAAGAAACGUAUGACACAGAUGGCUAUAAUCCAGAAGCUCCAAGUAUAACAAAUACUUCAAGACCUAUGUAUAGACAUAGAGUACAUGCCCAAAGACCAAAUUUGAUAGGACUCACAUCAGGUGACAUGGAUCUACCACCUAGAGAAAAACCUCCUAAUAAAAGUAGUAUGAGAAUAGUGGUAGAUGCUGAAUCCAGGAAAAGAACAAUUGGUGCAGGUGAUGCUGGAGUUCCUACAAAGAAGACUUGGUUUGACAAGCAAAAUUUUAACAGAACAAACAGUCCAGGUUUCCAGAAGAAGGUGCAGUUUGGAAAUGAAAAUACGAAACUUGAAUUGAGAAAAGUUCCCCCAGAACUUAACAAUAUCAGCAAACUUAAUGAGCACUUCAGUAAGUUUGGCAACUUGGUUAACUUGCAGGUUGCAUAUCAAGGUGAUCCAGAAGGUGCCCUCAUUCAAUUUGCCACACACGAGGAAGCAAAGAAAGCUAUAUCAAGUACAGAAGCAGUAUUAAAUAAUCGCUUUAUUAAAGUUUAUUGGCAUCGAGAAGGCAGUGCACCACAAAUCCAGACUACUACACAGAAGGUAAUACAACCCUUAGUUCAGCAGCCCAGUUUACCAGUAGUGAAACAGUCUGUCAAGGAGCGAUUAGGUCCAGUACCUGCAAGUAAUAUUGAACCUGCAGAAGCACAGAGUGCCAGUACAGAAGUCUCUCAGAAUGUGACUAAAUUAUCUGUGAAGGAUAGACUGGGUUUUGUGUCAAAGCCGGUUACCCCAACAACUGAAAAGGUUUUAUCCACUUCUACUGGCUUGACAAAAACUGUGUACAACCCUGCUGCUUUGAAGGCAGCACAGAAAUCUUUGCCUGUUGUUUCCACUUCCGUGCUAGACUCUAAUGAAGCACAGAAGAAAAAACAGGAUGCAUUACGACUUCAACAAGAUGUGAGAAAAAAGAAGCAAGAAAUUUUAGAGAAGCACAUUGAAACACAGAAGAUGCUGAUUUCAAAGCUGGAGAAGAAUAAAACCAUGAAGUCAGAAGACAAAGCAGAAAUCAUGAAAACACUGGAAAUUUUGACUAAUAGCAUUACCAAGUUAAAGGAUGAAUUAAAAGGUGUAUCACAAGGAGGAGGGACUCCUUUAAAAAGCAUGAAAACGAAGACUCAGAUGCAGAAAGAGUUACUAGAUACUGAACUGGAUUUAUACAAGAAGAUGCAAGCUGGGGAGGAAGUUACUGAAUUAAGGAGAAAAUAUACAGAGCUGCAGCUGGAAGCUGCCAAGCGAGGGAUUCUUUCUUCAGUUCGUGGUAGAGGGGUUCAUGCAAGAGGCCGGGGUGCAUCACGUAGCAGAGGUAGAGGAAUACGAGGCCGGGGUAGAGGCAGAGGAGUUCCUGUGCAUGCAGUUGUGGAUCAUCGACCUAGGGCAUUAGAAAUCUCUGCAUUCACAGAAAGUGAUAGAGAAGAUCUUCUUCCCCAUUUUGCGCAAUAUGGUGAUAUUGAAGAUUGCCAGAUAGAUGACUCUUCUCUUCAUGCAGUGAUUACCUUUAAAACAAGAGCUGAAGCUGAAGCUGCUGCAAUUCAUGGAUCUCGUUUUAAAGGACAAGAGCUAAAGUUAGCAUGGAACAAGCCUGUUGCUAGCUUGUCAGCUCUUGAAACAGAAGAAGCUGAACCUGAUGAAGAAGAAUUUCAGGAAGAAUCUUUGGUGGAUGACUCGCUGCUUCAAGAUGAUGAUGAAGAGGAGGAGGAAAAUGAAUCUCGUUCGUGGAGAAGAUGAUUUGACUAAUCAAUGACAAUGCUAGAACUGCACCUGUGUUGCAUUAGUAUUAUCUAAUGUAUUUCUGCAUCUUUGUAUUAAAAGGGGUUUUGUGAUGAAGUUGGAUUCAAAUAAUAGACUAAAAUGCAGCUGGUCGGUUAUACGUUUUGAAAGAUUGAUGUUUGAGUUACAUUUCAGUAAAUGAUUGCUAAAGACAUCAUACUAGGAACAUAUGCAAUGUUUUUAUUACAUAGUUCUACAGAAAGUUACAGAAUUCUUUGGGUUCUUUGUAAUUUACCGAAUUGGUCAAACACAAAUGACCAGAAGUUGUUAUAACAUAGAUAAUUUUUGUUCUAUUCCAGAUACGGAAUGAAAAUUUGCAUUUAAAAUCUUUGUGAAUGUUUUCAGAAAUGAAUAGAUAACAGUACUAAACUGAAGUCUCUAAAGUUACGUAUUCAUAAUAUUGCAUAGUAGUAUGCUUAGGCUUUACUAUGUACUAGCCUUUUGUUGGAUUUGUGUACGUAUUUUACCUAUGGGUUUUAAUGAUAAAGUGUAUGACUGCUUUGCAUAUAAGUCCUUAUGACUUUAAGAUGUUAAAAAAUAAAGAAAUGGAAUGGUCUUCAAAAAAAAAAAAAAGAAAAAAAAAGAAAAAAAAAGCAAUAACCAAAAAAGCUGAGGCAAUGGUCCUUCAAAGUGGAAAAAAAAAGAAAAAAAAAGAAAAAAAAAAGAAAAAAAGAAAAAAGACCAUUCCAAAUGGCAACCCCCACCCCCAUACUCACAAAAGGAGCUCUAAUCACUAUCACUUACCUUAAAAUAGUAUUGAAUAUAAAAAAAACCCCAACGUAAUGGUGUUUCAUUUACAUUAACACACAGUUGUACUCUGCAUAAAAGCUUUUGGAUGUCUUCUGAAUUUUAAACUGUUUAAGUCAAACACUAAAUAGAAUAACAUUCCAACAAUAAGGAAUUUAUUCUGUAUCCCUGCACUGUGCAACUGUAGAA